AUGGGAAUUGGAAGGGAAGAAGAGAGGUCGAGAGCCGGGCUACAGUAAGCGGACCGAACCAAUCAGAGCACGACGCCCCGCCCCUUCCUUGGGAGAACAAACAGGGCGUGGGAAAGGAGGGGGACCGGGCUGGUCGACUUCUCACAGCCUCGACUUGACGUCCUCUUCGUUUCUUUCAUUUUUUUGCUGAAAUCGGCUUUACCAACGUUUUUCGACGACUUUAAUCAGCUAGGACCGCGGCGAACGAUUUUCUCGGCUGAUCCUCGGGGAAUCCAACCCCAAUCCGCUAGCGCCUGAUAAGCCGGCCGGCUUACCUCCCGCACCUUUUUUGUCCCACCCCUUUACCCGAAAUACUUGAGUGAUAAUCGCUUUAGGAAAUGAGUAAACUUGGCAGCUUACCGCGACAAAUCGCAUUAAGCGAAGAGGAUGAGCCUUCCAGGGAACGAACGCCGUGCUUAGGCCGAUUUAACCCCCCACUUAAUCCCGAGAUAAGCGGUUAAAUAACUUAACAAGUCUAAAUUUGUUUGAAUUUCGAUAAACAAACAAACAACCGGGGGAUGGCAGGGAUUCCGGCAUCUCGAUCCAUAAAAUGGACAAUGCCGGAAAUGGAUCAAGCCGUUAAGAAGUUAGGAAUCGACAAAUCCAGAUGAUGAGCAACUCAGAGUUAUAGUAAAGGCAUGUAAAAUCAACUAGCAGAAUCUGAGCCCGUAGAAGUCUAGCCUAAGUCAAUAUAAGUCCGAUCUACCAAGUACCAAACUCUCUGUUUGUGCUGGGUUACUGUAAUCUCAUGUCACGGGUUUCAACAUUUCCCAAUCCCAAGGAAUCCGCUUACAUUACUUUUAUUAAGCAUGACUAUUUACAGCACUGUUCCCGUGCCUUUGUAUGGGGCAAGAUCUUUUGUAAUUCCUUGACAUUACUUGAUUAAAAACAUCGCUUACGUCCCCACCUGUUUGCCAUUGCAUUAGCGUAAUGCAGGUCUAAUGCCCGCCCAGAGCGAGAAAUGCCGGAUUCAAUCGGAAUAAAGGAUCUGAGAGAGUAUUAGCCAUCUCUCUUUCCGAUUCCUGAUGCGUGGAUACUGUAGAUGUAGCUGUAGAAAGGGGUUGUAUAGUUGGUUCAAAGUCUCUUAGCUGACUCAAACUUAAAUGUUCCUGGGAUUUGAUUAUUGAACUUGCGCCACUUUAAUUGUGAUUGUGAUUGGUCGUUUUUAAAGCUUAAUGUUCAGACAAAGCGUGGCGGUCCCAGCCCCGCUUCGAUCCGGCAAAGUGGAAUCUUCAGACCUGACCAAGGCCGAAGAAUCAGAAGAUCAACAGAAUCACGUUGCCAACGCCCUCAGCAACUUCAACAAUUUCAACUACGACACUUUCUCGGCCGUCUCCGCUAUGAAUUAUAUUCCGAACACAGCGAUCAAUUCGGCCGCGAAUAUGGCCGCCUAUUUCUCGAAGCAAACCUAUCCCACAACUCCCCAGUUAUCGUUUACAUCACCCGUUGCUACAGCUGCGGCCAACUUCCUGCAACCAACGAUGGGAUUCUCCCUGCCCGACUGCCCCAGCUGGUCCAAUGGUCCACCCCCAAGGUCGGAUUCGAUUCCACAAUCCUCCACCUCCCAUCUCUUCGGCCACACUUUUAUUCGGUCUCUAAAUAUUUGAUAUCGGGGAUCGGGGGAUUAAUUCAAGUUUCAACAUUAAGGAGCUUGGCUUAUUCCCCCGAUCGUGUAAUUGUUGUGGUUGACUCUUUCCCGGCAUGAAUGUGUAACUUCUCAUUUUUUGUUACACGUUCAAUCCGUUGUCCUGUCCUUCUUCCCAAGAUGCUUAUUUAUUUAGUAACGCUAAAAUUUCAGGAAGCAACGUCGAGAAAGAACAACGUUUACCCGAGCACAGCUUGAUGUGCUGGAGACGGUGUUUGCGUCGACUCGCUACCCGGACAUCUUCACCAGAGAAGACAUGGCCCUGAAGAUCGGACUGCCCGAAUCGAGGGUGCAGGUGAGUGGGGACUGGUUCUACUUCGGUUCUACUUCCCUUUCUUUCCCCCUCUGAUAUAAAUGUUUUUCUUCGCUGCGCGACUUCCGAAGCGAAGCGAUUUAAAAAAAUAAAAGUCAGCGGUUGACUGCACACAUAGAAUCUACAGUAAUCUGGUUGCAGGUAUGGUUCAAGAAUCGGCGCGCAAAGGCACGACAACAGAAGAAGUCGAUGACCCAAAACGGAGCCUGUCAACCCUCCACAAAGAAGGGCUCUGGGGGCAGUGAUGGAUCUACUGGAACCACUUCUGGAGGCUCCAACUCAUCGUCCAGUUCAAAUUCUGAACAGCCGAAUGCUGGGGACUGUACAGAUGUAUGUUUUAAUCAUCAUUUCAUGAAAAUGAUCAGUUUCCAGUUACUGUAAAUAUAUUUGCAGAUCAAAACCGAAGAAGGUCUCACCGAGCCAGGCUCAGCGGGCAGUGCUGAUAUGCAGAAUGGGGCAGAGAAUCCUUUGGACAUAAAGAAUGUGGCCUCCUUGUCCCAAUCGUAUCUGGAUGUGUCUAAUUACAGUAAUUACCCAUCAGUGGCGGCCUCCUUUCGGUCUCAGCCAUAUGCCUCAACUUACAACUACACCCCUGGAGGGUCCGGCAUGGACUAUCUACAGUACACAGCGCCUGUCACAAAUGCCACUGGCAGUUAUUCGGCCGAUCAAUGGAAGUUCAACAUGAGUGGAUAA